ACGCGAAGGGGGGGACUCUGGCAGGGGGAGAUUUUCGGCACAACACCUGUACCACAUCUAUAUAGCCUCGUUAUUGUUAUUUCAGUCACAUGAGUGCAUGUAUGGCCUGAUAUAUGCUUCUGAUAUGGUUAAACAGCUUUUUUUUGCUGUCAUCAUGUAAUGCCAAUGUUGACAGAAUACGUCACUUACACACAUGCUAAACACUUGUUUAGCAUAUCAGGUAGUACAGUAGGCCUUUGUUUUUAGUGCAGCAAACCAAUCCAAUAGAAUACUGCUGAGAAAUGCGAUGGAUACAACAACGCCACAUCCACUAUAUCCUGCCAGGGGCGGAAGUCUGGAAGUCUGUUCCAAACAGUAAUCAUUCCAACACGGAGUGUGAAGUGUCAGCAUCUCUCCCGUCGCACGCCCAUAAUUCCUGGUAACCAUUCCCUUGUUGUCUACAUUUUAAUUUACCAAUAUUUUGACGCGUUUUACAUGUUUGUUCAUUUUAAGUAUUGCACCACAGAUACGCAUUUUUUAACCAACUAGGUGGAAAAUCAUUUUGCAACAGGAUUGUGCGCCGCGCGUCUUUAUUUUUUUUGAGCGCUAAUCAUCGCUUGUGUUUAUCCAUCUACAACAAUUAUUUCCUGCCGUCGUGGUAGGUCGGCUGUGUAGCCGUCUCUCAGACAUAGCAAAGGAUUAAGUUACUGCUGGUGGCGGAUUAUUCUAUUGGCUUCCUCUUGUCACGUUCUAGUCUUCGGCCUUUAUCUUUUCCAAUUGAAGUUGCCUGAAAUCGAGUCAUGUCGUUCCGAAGAGGCGUGGUCAGACAGAGCAAGUUUAGGCACGUUUUCGCCCAGGCAUGGAAGGCUGAGCACUGCAUCGAUGAUGUCCGAGUGUCCCGUGUCACAUGGGACGGACCCCUCUGCGCUGUGAACCCCAAAUUCACCGCAGUCAUCAUUGAAUCAGGUGGAGGAGGGGCCUUCCUCGUUCUGCCACUCAACAAGAGUGGCAGGAUUGACCAGGCCACUCCCACGGUGUGUGGACACGCAGCCCCGGUGCUGGACGUCCAGUGGUGUCCUCAUGACGACAACAUCAUCGCCAGUGCCUCGGAGGACUGCACCGUGAAGGUUUGGGAGGUCCCUGAUGGAGGGCUGACAGGGCCAAUGACAGAGCCCGUAGUGACACUGGAGGGCCACAGCAAACGAGUGGGGAUCCUGGCCUGGCACCCGACAGCCUUCAACAUCCUCCUAACUGCAGGCUGUGAUAACCUGGUGUGUGUGUGGGACGUGGGCACGGGGGAGCUGGUCUACCAGAUAGCCGAUGCCCACCCCGACCUGAUCUACAGCGUGAGCUGGAACCGGGAGGGCAGUGCCAUCUGCACCGUGUGCAAGGACAAGGCGUUGCGUGUCAUCGACCCGCGACGGGGCACCGUCCUCAAGGUGAAAGAGAAGGUCCACGACGGCACCAGGCCCAUGAGGGCCGUGUUCCUCUCCGACGGGAAGAUCCUGACCACGGGCUUCAGCCGCAUGAGUGAAAGGCAGCUGGCCUUGUGGGAUACGAAUGAUAUGUCUGAGCCAAUGGCAGUGCAGGAGAUGGACACCAGUAACGGUGUUCUCCUUCCCUACUACGACCCUGACACUAACAUGGUCUACCUGUGUGGAAAGGGGGACUGCACCAUCCGGUACUUUGAGGUGACGGACGAGUCGCCUUACGUCCAUUUUCUCAGCCUGUACAGCAGCAAAGAGCCCCAGCGAGGAGCAGGCUUUCUCAGCAAGAGGGGCGUGGACGUCAACAAGUGUGAGAUCGCCAGGUUCUACAAAUUGCAUGAGAGGAAAGUAGAGCCCAUUUCUAUGACGGUACCACGGAAGUCAGACCUGUUCCAGGGGGACCUGUACCCGGACACUGCCGGUGUGGAGCCCUCUCUCCUGGCCGAGGAUUGGAUCGCUGGGCAGGACGCGGCACCCCUGCUAGUCUCUCUGAGCGGGGGCUAUGCUGGCACCCCCUCCAAGCACAGAGACAAGCUCAGGAACAAACCCAAGCUGCUGUCGCAGGGCUCCGGGACGGAUUCUUCCCCAGUCCCCCGGCAGGCCUCCUCUCCCACGGCAACCACCACCGCCAAGGAAAUGGAGAGCGAGGGGGUGGGGGUGGUGCAGCAGAGGGUCACUCGAGCAGAAGGAGAAGGAGCAUCCGAUAGGGCGAGAAGAGAGGAGGAGGUGCUGAGUGAGGUGCUAGCAGAGGUGAAGGCCCUUCGUUCGGUGGUCUUGGCCCAGGGCCAGAGGAUUGAGCUGUUGGAGAGGCAGCUGGUCCGCAUCGAGGACGGGGAUGUCUGAUUGGCCGAUGGGGCAUCACCACUACACCCAAAGGGCAUUCUUACUAAAACUCCAUAGACCAUAGCCUUACUAGAAUCAACAGCAGUACCUUAAGCUGAGUGGGAGGAUGUAGUGAAGUGUAGCUCCGUGACUAACUGUGUAUAUCACAGAGGGGCCGAGAAUAAGGUGAACUGUUAUAGUGAAGGUGUUUUGUGGGUGAAUCUAAAUUGUUUCCUUGUUCCCUCGCAUCCUCUCCCCUCGCCUUCUCAAAACGCAUUGGAGGACAAGAUCAGAGGUUCCUCCCCUCAAGACUUCUCUUCCAAUGAGUUUUGAGAAGGAAGAGGGAACAAGGAAACACAAUUGAGAUUCACCCUACAUCUCUUUAGAUGCUGCUUCAGUUAGAUGGCAGGUGAUAUAGGAUGAAUGGAGAUCAUCUGUAUAAAACAUCCAUACUGCAGUAAGACAUGUCACCAGAUUUUUUGAAGGAGCAUCGAUGGUGACAGUAUUUGAAGGUGUAUAACUACACAACCUAAGACAUGCGGAAUCAAUCAUAGCCUACUCACGAAUCCUUAUGACAUCUGGCACAAAGGUCUAUGUUAAUUUGGUACAUUUUGCAAAAUGGCACAUCAGUAUACAUUGUAUGUGUGUACACCCUCAAUAAAUGUUACCAAGUAGAUUGCCAGAUCAUUUACAGUUGCUGUGUUCAUUGAAGCACUCGCAUUGUGAAUCCAUUAGGGAUUGUUUCAUCAGGUAGUUACAGCUGCUAAUCAUGUCAUAUCAAAUGUGAUACUUCAUUAUUAAUACUUAUACAUUUGUACAUGUAUGGCUUUAUACGUUGGCUUUAUACAUUACCAUCAUAGGAAGCUAUUACUCUAAAAUCAGACCAUUGGUAUUAUAAAUAUAAUUGUAUAUGCUAAUAGCGUUAUGCUGUUUACAAAACUGCACUGGUUCAUUGCGAUUGGAUUAGUUGUAUUGAAUUGUGCUGUACAGCGCAUAUAUUGACAUUUAAAGAAAAACAGAUCGGUCAAUUUCCAAAUAAUGUUUAUUUUGAUAUGAAGCUCUUUUUCUUACAAAUGAUGUGAAGGACGUGAGUUGGAGGUAGCUUAAAAACAUUCCUAUCAUGUAUGUUGUCUCUCUUUUUGGAUGAUUUUUGUAAUGAUUUUUUUCAACCUUAGAAGGUAAUACUUAAUUUGUGCUCUCCAACUAAGUUGUCUUAGGUGAAUGAAGCAACAUGCAGUAUCAUUUGUCACAAAGGGUUAUAAAUUCCAAUGACGGCUUAUAACAGAGUUCAAGUUAAGUGUUACCUCAGAGAAUGUGUUCCAAGCAGAACUAACGUAAUAUACCAUGAAAACCAUAGCAGUUGUAUGAGUGUCACGAGGCACAGAACUUUAAAACGUUACAAUGAAAUUAGAUUGAACUUUAUUUUUUUUACUGUGAAUGAUGUAAUCCAAGCCAGUAGAACCUACUAGACUAAUGUAGCAGCAGCCGCUGUGUUUCUAUUUGAAGAUGGGAAAGAAAGGGCAUACGAUGCUCGACUGUUGGACGGAACUGAAAAAUAAUAGUUCACUGUUACAUUUAGAUUUAUUUGCAUUUAUCCGCAGUUUAUACCUCACCCCUUUUGCAGCCUUGGGUACUGUUCACAUAUAGCCUGGUCCCAGAUCUGUUUAAGGCUGUAUUGUCUACAAUGACUACAGGAGUUGGCGAGACAGCACAAACAGUCCUGGGACCAGGUUAGUUCACAUCGGGCUCAUGUGUUUGUUUUAUUUACUUGAUUAAUAUUUCUGUAUGCUCUGUCAUAAUACACAUUUUAUGUGUGUGGUUGUGAACAAAUAGAGGAUGAAAAUAACACUCCACUGUGCAAAUCUUCCAAUAAACACUCCUUUCUCUUUUG